GUUCCUUUUUGAAACACACACGCACACAGCACGGUCAUAAGUGCUCCCGACGGUGGGAAAAUGCUUAGCGGGGAAAAGGAUGGUGGUGAGCAGAGGAUAUGGCCAAGAGAGGAUUGUCAAAAGGGGACUCCAUGCUCCAUGGGGGGGCUUCUAAUGUAGCUUCCCCCCCCUUUCUCUUUUCCCUUCUCCACAUUCCUUUUAACAUUAUUUCCCAAUAUUUCUUCCUUCUCUUCCUCAACUUUGCCCCUUCCCUCUCUCAUCCUUGCUCGGCCAUUCUUCUCCCCAUUCAAUCCUCACCACCCACCUCCUUUCUCUCCAUGCUUCCUUCUCGGCUGCAUCUUCCCCAUUCAUUCUCUCCUCUAUCUUUCCCUUUCCCACCCAUCCUCCCUUCCCACAUUCCCUUUUUCUUCUCCCCUGCCAUUUCUCUGGCACCCAACCUCUCUUUCCUCCCUUCUCCCGUCCCCCCUUCUCCCUCGUCUCUCUCUCUCCCCUCCUUUCCCACAUCCCCCUUUCCUUUCACCCUCAUCCCUCUCUCCUUUCCCACAUUCUUUCCGUUCUCCCUCAUCUCUCUUUCUUUUGCCCUUCCCACAUUCCCCUUUUCCUUUCUCCCUCCUCUUUCUCUCUGUCCUCCCUUCUCACCUCUACCCCACAUUGUUUCCCUUCUCCCUCAUUUCUCUUUCUGCCUUUCCACAUCCCCUUCUUUCCUUUCUCCCCUCAUUCCUUAUUUCCCCUAACGACGACGCACUGCCGCCUCGCUUCCCUCCGUCCCUCCCUCUCUCCCCCCUCCCAUCCCGGCUGCAGGCGGAGCGGGGCCGGCAGGAGGCGGAGGAGGAGGCGGAGCGGGCGGGCGCACGUCCCCCGGCCGGCCGAGCGGCCCCCCCGCCAUGGGUCGGAAGCGCUGCGUGGGGGGAGACGGCUCCAAGAUGGCGGCGGGUUGCUGCGGGGUGAAGAAGCAGAAACUCUCCAGCUCGCCUCCGUCGGGCUCGGCCGGCCCGGGCAACAGCGGCGGCGGCGGCUCCAGUUCCCACUGCGGCGGGGCGGCGGCGGUCGGGGGAGCGUGCGGCGAGCCGGGGUCUCUCCCUGCGCCGCCGGGGGGCGCCCCCCGCCUCAACGGCCUCGGGGGGCUGGCGGGGGGCUCCCCCGGCUGCGCCCUCUCCCCACCGCUGCUGUCCAGCUGCGGCGGGGGGCUCGGCGGCCUCUCCUCGCCGGCCGCCGCCGCCUCGCUCCUGGCCUCGCCCGGGGCCGGGGCCGGCGGCUGCAGGAAGAUGGUGGUGUCGGCCGAGAUGUGCUGCUUCUGCUUCGACGUGCUCUACUGUCACCUGUACGGCUACCAGCCCCCGCGGAGCCCCCGCUUCACCAACGACCCUUACCCACUCUUUGUAACGUGGAAGAUUGGUCGAGACAAACGAUUGCGGGGAUGUAUAGGUACCUUUUCUGCCAUGAACCUGCAUUCAGGACUCAGGGAGUACACGCUUACUAGUGCCCUUAAAGAUAGCCGAUUCCCCCCAAUGACGAGGGAUGAGCUGCCACGGCUUUUCUGCUCAGUGUCUCUACUUACUAAUUUUGAAGAUGUCUGUGAUUACUUAGAUUGGGAGGUGGGUGUACAUGGCAUUAGAAUAGAAUUCAUCAAUGAAAAAGGAUCAAAACGCACCGCCACCUACUUACCGGAGGUUGCAAAGGAGCAAGGAUGGGACCAUAUUCAGACCAUAGAUUCCUUAUUGAGGAAAGGAGGCUACAAGGCUCCAAUUACAAAUGAUUUCAGGAAAACAAUAAAACUGACCAGGUACCGUAGUGAGAAGAUGACCAUGAGUUACACGGAAUACCUUGCCCACCGUCAGCAUCAUCACUUCCAGAAUGGCAUUGGGCACCCCCUUCCACAGUACAACCAUUAUUCCUGACACUGAGCCGCAUGACCAGUCCCUGGACCUCUCUGCAGACCUCUUCCCAGGAGACCCCGCCCCCUCUUGGUCUAGCUAUCUCUAUUACUGUACCAUUUUAUGAUGAUAGUUUCCGUUGCCAUGAUGACGCUUCUCUGUGGCAGGUUAAGUUCAUCAUGGCAACGGAUGGAAACGCUGCAUUAUUACAAAGAGCCCCUUCACUCUUCUUCUUUUUUUAAAAAAAAUCUUACUAAGUUACUGUGGGGUUGUUGUUUUUGUUUUGGCAGCAUAUAGAACUUUUGGGAUUUUUUUAAUAUGAUUUUAAAUUUCUACUUCAUUAACAUUGAAUUACAUCAAUCAAGGUUUUCUGUGAGACUGUGGAUGGAAGAAUAUAAUGCUUAAGGGUUUGGACCAGGUAACACAAAGCAUGACUAGCUGCUCAUAAAAUAAAAACAUACCAGAUUUAGGUCAGAAACUAAACCGUGAAGGAAGCCUGAGUGGAACUAGCCAUGUAGUCCACAGUGUCCCAUCAGUUAAAGCUGUUUUUCUUUCAUGUAGGUAAAUAUAUGCGCCUCAGAUCUUGUUCUGAUAAUCCCAGGAGGGGAUAAAUUGCUUGAUUAUGAAUAGAAAGAAGCUAUGAUUUUUUGCACGAGAGACAAUAAUCGUAGGAAGAAUUUCAUUACAGGGCCAGGCUGGGAUCCUUAUUCCAUUGACUUUGACAAGAUGCUGUCCGUUAAAAUCACUGGAAUUAAACUAUCACCUCAGGUGUCUGAUCUAGGAAGGGGAUGUGCCACCUUUUCAACCAUGGGGCUGAAGGGUAGUACACACAGACCAGAUCAGGCUACCAAAGGUGGACACAAUCCAGCCAGCUCUGUCCUUGUACAGCUCCCAUUUACAGCAAGGGGGCUUGUGCAUGAGUGACUGAUUGCACCAGCAAGAUUAAACUCCAAGCACCAAUGCUGCUCUAAGGCUUCUUGAUAGGAGCUGGUAGCCAAAACAGUUGGGACGUUGCAGCUGUUGUAUUAUGAAGUCAAUGGGUUUAGGUAUUAGUGCCUUUGACUAGGGUGCAGUUUUAUCAAAUUAAUAGGAAAGCAUGGAAACAGAAACACGAGAAAAGAUGCUAUACUGAACUCAGUUCUCCAAAGAGAGCUGGUGAAGAAUGAGAUUAUUUUGAGAGCAGAAUUCAGUUUUCUUCCCCCUUCCCACCAAAUUCCAGUUGCCUAGAGUUUAUAACAAAUCAACCCAGCACAGUUACUAUGUUAAGAAAUAGUGGUGGUGGAUAUGAAAAGCGUGUUUGGAUUUCAUGUGUCUGAAUGGUGCUGAGCACAGGGAUCAGUACUGUCACACUGGCUGGCUUUUUGUCCUGCAUGGAAGAAGCAGCAAGAGUUAUUGGCCUGGUCAGACCCCAGCCAUGAGGAUGGGAGAGAGAGAAAAGUGUUCACGUAGCUGGACAUACUUGGUAGUUUGGGAGCUCACCUUGUUUUAUGCACUUGUCGAACUCUUGUGAGCGAUGAUGAAGUGUAUAUCCAAGGGAUAGACCCCACUCUUUACUAGAAGACCAGACCUCCUUUAAUUUGGAUGAGCCAAAUACAUUUUGGCAGAAAUCUCAGCAUCUUUUGUUCACUAGAAGUUCAUAUAUGCAUACAUAAAUUAAUAGAUGAGUGUGAGCAAAACCAAACACUGUGUUAAAUGGCAGUUUGUUAAGACUCCUCAAAUGUUUUUUGUUUCCAAGAGGUAAUUGGAUGUACAAUAUUCUCAGUUCUCAUAGGUACAGAGAGGUAAGCAGAGGUAGUCUCCUUCAUCCACAGCAUUUGAUGUCCAAAAAUUAACUUUCUGUUUUAAUGCCUUAAUUUUAAGUGAGCAGGAGGCCUGAAAACACAAGUAGCCAACAGAUGUCUAGCAGACAUUUCAGGUUGGGAAAAGAAUUGGCCAUAGCUUCUAUUGACGUUAUGGGUGAGGUGUUGUUUUUUUUCCUUACAUUUGGGUGUUGGAAAGCGGAUUCAUGUUGAAGUGACAGCUAUAAUCCAGUGGCUUUCUGAAUGCAACUUUUCAUUGUUGCCCUGUAAAGGGAAACUUGAGCACAAGCUGAAAAAAAAUAUCUGCUGCAAACAUUUGAAAAAUCAGCCAUGGCCACCCAAUCCCAUCGUUCUCCAUUGUCUCAUUAUAGCUCAUGCUUCUGGGUGAGCUCAUUAAGAGGUUUUUUAAAAAGAUCUAUUAUAUAUAUAUAAAUAUAUGUGUAUUUAAAGGUGCUAAUCAACCUUGAGCAGGUCACGUGACUGGUCAUGCGGACUCAAAAAUCAUAUCAGAUUUUUUUAGAAAAAAUCCUCAAUAUAUGCACAUGUUAUACAGAAUUUCUUACCAGUAUAAUAAUGAUAUACUGAUUUAAAUAAAAUAUCCUGCAGGGUUUGAAGGACGAAGUCAGCAAUACUUCCCACCGUGGCUUGGAGGAGGAAAAAAGGAUCAUUUUGUCUCCUUUUUUUGUACACAGCAUAAUGCACAAUGUGUUUUUGUCUAUCUUUCAGUAGCUGUUGCUUGGGAAAUUAAAACUAGUUCAAAGGGAUAUACAAACUGGAAAGGUGUGCUUUAAAAAAAAAAUGAAAAACCUCCAGCCCCUUCUGAACCUGUCUUGCGUAUGUUCAUUUAGAAAGAGCUCUUAUUUGGUAUGGUGUAGACAGAAGCUUCAGCAAAUGUUCCGUUGUUACAUAUAGAUGAAUCAGUUUCUCACUGACUUCUUUUCUUGGCACCUAUCGCCGAGUCUGGAAGUGCCAACAACACAAAGGACUAUGUUUCUUAUGUAAUUGUAGGCUUAUUUGUACAAAAACAUAGUGUACUUCACAGGAACAUAAUAGGUCUGUUCACUGAAAACAAAUCAAGAAAACCAAGGCUUGGAAUAUGUUUGGCAGUUUGUUCCUAAAUAUGCAAAUUAAAAUUGGAGUGCUUUUUUGUUGAUUCUUAAAAUCCCAGACAGAUUCUCAUCUUCCUCUCAUAUUGAUCGCUGAGCUUUGGGGCAAGCAUUGAUCAGGGGUUUUUGCCUUAUUUCAUUCCAAAAGGCUCUUUAGUUCUAGCUUUAAAAGUUUGUUUCCUGUACCCGUUCGGUAUGGGGCAGUUGUAGAACAAGUCUCUCUGGCUAAGCUAAAGGAGGGAGUGUUCCUGAGCCGCGCACACACACACACACACACACACACACACACACACACACACACACACACACACACACAAUUCCAGUAGCUAGAGGCCUGUGCAGUAGUGCUGUGUGUUGCAUCAUGCCAUCUUUCCAUUUGGACCACUGCAGGCUGUUGUAGGACAGGAGGUGCUUUGCAGCACAGCCACCCUAUUGUCAGCUGCCAGCACUGGGCCACACACCUCCACUGUGUAUGUAUCUCGACUUCUUUACUUGUUUUCAACUGUGCGGGUUAUUAAAACUGUUGUCUGGAGUAGAUUACAUCUCUUGUGUGUUGGACCGAACCAAAGACGCCUCCAGCCAAGCCUAAAUGCUGCUCCUACAAAAAAGAAAAAAAGCCUGCCUUCCAGUCCUUCCAAAGUCUCUGCAGGAUUAAAUGGGUUAACUUUUUUAUUUUUGUACAGUUUCUAACUGAUUUUUGCUAGUGAUGUUAAUUGAAUUAAGUUUUGAGGAGCCUAAGCAACUCCUCCAUUGAAAUAAACUGGUGACUUUUAUGUUUAAAUAAAAUAAUAUAGAAACCCAAA